UAAUAAAUUAAUCCAAUUCUCGCGUUAUUUGCGACAACAACUAGAAAAUUGAAUCAAUUUAAUCUAAACAAAUUUAUGGCGACCAACUUGCUGAUAAAUCCUAUAAAACUACGCUUUUAUACAGAAAGAUAUGGAAAGGAGAAGAAAUUGAUAAAUGUACGAGAAACAUUUGUGCCUACUAUUCGUACAAAACCAUUAACUGGCAAAUUAUAUGCGAAACACGAUGUUUUCUCUCCAUUUGACGUUAGAGAGGACGACAUCAACUUGAUUAAACGAAAGAUGGAGAUGAUACCCAAAGAUAUUUAUUCGUUUAGGCCGCCGGCAGUAAAUAUGGAAUACGGUUGGUUCACCGAACCGCUAGUACCUGUCACGGAGGAUCCAAGAUUACGCUUCUCUAGGAAACAAUCGGAUUUUAUCGCGAGUGAACUCAUACGUCGAAAACUGCAGAAAGCGAAUCUACCAGAGAAAAGAUUUCUUGGCGUGCCGUUUAGAACAUAAAUAUUUAAGAGAAUGAUGAAUCGGUGAAUUGUGAUGUUUUCGAUAGAUUAUAGAAUAAAAGUUUGUAAUUGAAGAAAGAUUUUCUUCCAAGCUUCAUAAAAGCACCAUUAAAAAAAAAGUGAGAUAA